CCCUCUUAACCUUAUUCACAAAUAUGGAUCGACAUUUGCUGUAUCAGAAAAAAGAAUAUCAUGUGGACAUUGUGGUCUUUCAGGUAAUGAUGCAGGGGCAUUUCCGGAAUGAUUCUAAAAAGGCAAUCAAAGAAUUUUUUAAAUGGCAGCCGCACGUUAUCUUUUGAUUGAGAGACCACGGAGCGUGUAUGCAAUAGGAGCUUGCGUACGGCGACAUAUUGCACCCAGAUGAGAUGCCCAUUUUGCCUUUUCCCUGGCAGCCAACCUGUUCAAGUCUUUGAGAUUUCACCUUUCACCACCCAGUGCCCACAUUGCCCAUCUCUCUCUCUCUCUCUCUCUCUGCCACGCCAUUAUAUAAUCUUCCAGCUUUGCAUAAACAAUUAACAAACGGAUACAGCAGUGAAAUCUCACUCACUACCUCUCCCUCUCGUCAUCUCUCUAUAUUGAGUGUCGGGUUGGGUACAUAUGUACAUAUAAACAUUAAGAGCAUUGAAUUUCCUUGGUGUUUUACAUCUGUGUGUUGUUGAAUUUACUUAUGAUGAUGGAGGAAUGCAGAGAUUAAAAGUGACCCUUGUUGUUAUUCUUGAUUGUUGAGCAUUGAAUUUUAUUGGGUUUCUCAAGGGAAUGAACUUUCCGUUAAAAGAUUUAGAGGGGAGUGAAAUAUAGUGAAAGAUGAACACGAGAGCCGGAACAAGGCUGCAGACCAUGAAAGGUCCAGUGAAGUCUGAUAAAGGGAAGGUCGAAAAGCUACAGAAGAGCAAGCAGAGAGAUGCCACAAAAACAGCCCAAAAAAAUCGACGAGCCUCAAGCAGUGAGCGGAAAAUAGCAUUGCAGCAAGAUGUUGAUAAAUUAAAGAAGAAGCUCAGGUACGAAGAGAAUGUUCACAGAGCUUUGAAGCGAGCUUUUAAUAGACCUUUGGGAGCUCUUCCUCGGCUUCCUCCUUAUCUGCCUGCAGCUACGCUAGAGCUUCUCGCAGAAGUAGCUGUUUUGGAAGAGGAGGUUGUUCGGCUUGAAGAACAGGUUGUGCAUUUUAGGCAAGACUUAUAUCAAGAAGCUGUCUACAUUUCAAGCUCCAAGAAAAAUGUGGAAAGUUUUGCAGAUUUGCAUGACUUGUCCCCAACUAAAAAUUCUAAACCAGACUAUGUCAAGACAAUAGCUCAAAGUUUAGGGGAAUCCACCACAUCCACAAUCCGGCAUUUGCCAUCUCUUUCUGAUGGGCAAGGGAAAGAGAAUCAGUUAUGUACUAAUGCCACGAAGCAGAACAAAGGUUCUUCAAUUAUUAAAGCUCAAGCUAGCAGAAGUACAGCAAAAAGACCUCCCUUUGACAAUAAACCAGUUGAGAAGCAUUUAAAUCCUCAGAAGCUGCAGAUAGAAUGUAAAGGGAGCAUUCGAGAAAAUGCCGAAGCAAGAAACGUUAGCACAACAGAAGAAAGGUUAUCUGGAGAUGAGAACCCAAACAAGAUUUCUGAGGACAUAUUGAAAUGUUUAUCAAGCAUUUUCUUACGAAUGAGCACAACAAAAAGCAGGCGUACUGCAGAGAAUUUACCUUUCUUGUCUACAUUAGUGUCCGAAGGAAAUGGUGACGAAACUGAAUAUCGAGAUCCUUAUGGUAUAUGUUCACAAUUUUGGAAGAGAGAUAUUGGUCCAUACAAGCAUUUGUUUGCUAUAGAUGCUGGCACAAUUAAUCCAAACCGAACAUCAAAUUCUUUAUUUCUACUUCAUAGGCUAAAACUCCUUCUUGGGAAACUUGAGUCUGUUGACUUGCAGGAGCUUACCCAUCAGGAGAAGGUUGCUUUCUGGAUAAACGUAUACAACUCCUGCAUGAUGAAUGCAUUUCUAGAACAUGGAAUACCAGAAACUCCUGAGAUGAUUGUUGAACUUAUGCAAAAGGGAACAAUAAACGUUGGGGGACACUUGCUAAGUGCAAUAACCAUUGAACAUUUUAUCCUCAGACUGCCUUAUCACUCGAGAUAUACCUUAUCAAAAGGAGCCAAAAAUGAUGAAAUAACAGUGAGGAGCAAAUUUGGAUUGGAGUUAUCCGAACCUUUAGUCACAUUUGCACUUUCAUGCGGAAGCUGGUCCUCCCCUGCUGUGAGAGUGUACACUGCAUCUAAGGUCGAGAAUGAACUGGACGUGGCGAAAAGGGAGUAUUUGCAAGCUGCAGUUGGAAUUUCCACCAGGAAGUUUGCAAUCCCAAAGUUGUUGGAUUGGUAUUUACUUGAUUUUGCAAAGGAUUUGGAGUCAUUGCUGGACUGGAUCUGCCUUCAGUUACCAAGUGAACUAGGGAAGGAAGCAAUUAAAUGCCUUGAUAGAGGUAAAAUGGAGCCUCAUUCCCAGUUUGUCCAAAUUAUGCCUUAUGAGUUCAGUUUUAGGUACCUUUUGUACACACAAUGAAUUUCAUUUGCCUUUUCUCCUUUUUUUUUUCACAUGAUUCUGGAAGAGUUAGUGUCUCAUUUAUUCAGAUUUUGUACACAUCCUAUAGGAUAAUAGCAAAGCUAAAUGUAUAAUUCAAUAUUAUUGUAAGUACUUGUAAAAAAAAAAAAAAAUCCCUCAUUCUCUCCAACCCAUAAUAUUCUUUUUUCCCACAAAUCAAAAUCGUUUUUUUUUUCCGCAAUCAAUGUAUAAAUCAGCAGUAUGUUGAUUGCUUGACAUGUUGCUUUGUGGCACAUUUGGUAUGUUGAUCAAUUGAUGUGGGGAAAAAUGAACUUGGAAAGUGACUUGCUUGUGAUUCACUCUGGUACUGAAACAAUAAAACGACAUUGUUAUUGCUCUCCCUUUGGUGCAAUUGGUUUGCCAUCUACAUUGACAAUGAAAACAAAGAAGGAAUGGCAGAUUAAUUCAUUAAAGAGAUACUCUAUUUCUCCCAAUGGAGUUUGCUAAUGGGUAUGUUCUCAAGUUCCAAUUAGGAGCAGGCAAUGGUUACUGUAGCGAUUGAAGUGGAGAAGUAGGGGAGGAAGCAAGUAAUUAGCUGGCACAUUUGGAUGAGUUGAUGGAUACAAAGUUUGUCCAAUGCUAAAGAAAAUUAAAUGAGGGAAGCACAGUGGUCCAAACGUUUUGUUGGAUAAGGAUUCAUCUGCCAUCCAUGUGAAGCACAGAGCAAGUGUUUUCCCAAAGGAAAGGAUCACAACCCAUAUGCCAUAAAACUACACUAUUCAAUUACUCACCAAUUGUGAGAAAAAGGUGAAGUUAAAUAUUGGUAUUUGCUUGUUGUACGAAGGGCAUGGUGAAGUUUUUAUUCCAAUUGUGAGGGGACCAUGAAAAGGAUUAGGGUGAAUAAAGGUUUCAGUACUUCCUUUUACCCAACCUUUGCUAAGCUCUAUUUUUUAUACAGCUACGAUCUUCACCGUCGGAUAUCAGUUCACAGAUCUGAUUUCAAUUAUCCUUUGCUCGUGAUGAUUUACCUAUAUAGGGGCUUGUAUUUGUACCUUUGAAAAAAAAUAGCAAAAGCUGAAAAAUUUGAUUCUCAAUGAUUUACAACUUUUAUUCAGAGGUUAAGACAAAAGGCUGAAUUAUCUCA